AUGUCUACAUAUAAGCAUAUCUCUAAGGCAGGUGCGCGUUUCUUGGAGCAAGUCAAGAUGAAGGACUCUAACAUUGCCAAGAUGUUCAACAAGUUUGAAAGGAGUACUAUGCCACAAUUUUUGAGUUCGCCUUUGGAAAGAGUUGAUGAAUCUGAGAAGUUUACCACCGAGAGAGAAUGGAAGUUCAUGCCUGGAGACCGGGUUGUGAUACUAAAUGGUGAGUUCAAGGGGAAUGUGUGUGCGAUCACGCAGCAUGAUAGACAUACGAACGGGUAUAUACUGGAUGAGAAUGGACCAACCAAGACUGUGCCGGUUCCCAAGCAGUUUUGGCAAGCCGGUCAGAACAGCCAUAUGGUGAGUUUCCCUGUUCCUGUGAGCCAAAAAGAUAUUAAGUUGGUUGCUGACAUCGACGAUCCCAGCAGACCGGGUGUCUCAAAGACCGUUGCCAUCCGUGACAUUGAGUUCAGUGGUUCCUAUUACGAUGCUGAUUACAAGAAGAUGAUGCCAUACAGAGUAGUUGUAGGCGAUAAUAAGAUGGUUGUUCCAUGGCCUAAGCCAGAGUUCAAACCUGACGGUGUCCUGGCCACCCGUUCCGAAAUUGCUCGUCAGCAAACUUUCUGGGUGGAAAGCGCAAUUAAGAAUCCUAUCCCUGAAGCUGCCUUCCUAACAAUAAGAAAUCCUAAGUCUAAAUACAGAAGAGGCGUGUUGACCGCCAAGGAAAUCUCAAGAUUGGUGGCUCCAAAGAUGCCUCUAACGGAAGAGAAGAAGCAAUACAUACAGCAAAAGAAGGAGCUAUCUGGCCUACCCAAACGUAAGCUAACCGAUGAAGAUAAGGAGGCCAUUGGUUCUAAGAUUUACCAGCAUUUCGUAAAGUCAUUUGGAGCCCAAUGA